CACUGGAGUGGACACGCGGCUGCUCGGCAGACGACCCUUUUUACGCACCGGGGGAACUUACCUGAAAACGCAUAUUUCCACGCCCAACUGUAUUCUCUUGGAAUUUGGUCGUUUUCAAAGCAUCAGCUGAAAAACAGAUGCUCUGAAUCUCAAGCAGAAUGAAGGAAUUUACGCAUUUCUUUCACAUUGUUGCGCUGCUUGUCACUAUCGUCUCAGCGACCAAGUUAAAUGUACCACGGCUGAGACUGACAUAUAAAGACCUGCUGUCCACCAACAGGUCUUCGGUCUUCAGCGGUCACCACGGUGCACUCUCUCUCACCUCUGUCUUCCUGGACGAGUACCGCGACCGCCUCUUCCUGGGAGGCAAAGACGUCCUGUACUCGCUCCUGCUGGGACCUGCCAGCAGCGAGUCUAAAGAGAUCUACUGGCCCCCGUUACCCGGCAACAGAAAGGAGUGUAUUGAAACCGGGAAGGAGCAGACGGAGUGUGCCAACUUUGUUCGUCUCCUGCAGCCGUACAACCGCACUCACCUCCUGGCCUGUGGCACCGGUGCUUUCCAGCCCAUGUGUGCAUUUGUGUAUGUGGGGCACAGAGGCGAGCAUGUGUUCACAAUGGACCCGACCAAUGUGGAGAAUGGACGAGGGAAAGUUCCUCAUGAUCCCAGCCUCUCCUUUGCAAGCACCUUCAGUGGUGGAGAGCUGUAUACAGGACUGACAGCAGAUUUCCUGGGCAGAGACUCUGUGAUCCUCAGGAGUAUGGGAGGUCGCUCCACCAUGAGGACAGAGACCGAUGAGAAACUUCUGCAUGACCCCAAAUUCAUCGCUGCCCACCUCAUCCCAGACAACGACGACAAAGACGACGACAAAGUGUACUUCUUCUUCACGGAGAAAGUCACGGAGGCAGGGGACAGAGAGGGGGCCAUACACUCACGUGUGGGACGAGUGUGUGCGAACGAUGUUGGAGGCCAGAGAGUGCUGGUGAACAAGUGGAGUACCUUCAUCAAAGCCAGACUGGUUUGUUCUGUACCUGGACCCCAUGGCAUCGACACACACUUCAACCAACUGGAGGAUGUUUUCCUCCUGAGGACUAAGGAUGAGAGGAACCCAGAUGUGUAUGCAAUCUUUAGCAGUAUCAGCAAUGUGUUCCAGGGAUUUGCUGUGUGUGUUUACCGUAUGGCUGACAUCAGAGAAGCCUUCAACGGCCCUUUCGCUCAUAAAGAGGGUCCCGACUACCAGUGGGGUGCUUAUGAAGGCAGAGUCCCAUAUCCCAGACCAGGGGUGUGCCCCAGUAAAAUCACCAACCAGCCUGGCAGGGAAUUCGGCAGCACAAAGGAUUUUCCUGAUUCAGUGCUGCACUUUGCCCGCAGUCACCCCCUGAUGUGGCGGCCGGUGUAUCCAGCUCUGCGCCAACCCGUGCUCGUAAAAGCCAACGUCCCCUACAAGCUUAAGCAAAUUGUGGUGGACCGGGUGGAAGCGGAGGAUGGGCAGUAUGAUGUCAUGUUCAUCGGCACAGACAUUGGUACAGUGUUGAAGGUUAUCACACUGCACGGUGGAAACAGUCUAGAGACAGAGGAGGUCACACUGGAGGAGCUACAGGUCUUUAAAGUUCCAACUCCUGUUACAUCCAUGGAUAUAUCCGUAAAAAGGCAAGCCGUUUACGUGGGCUCUCCGGCAGGUGUGGCGCAGGUGAAGCUGCAUCGCUGCGAGACUUAUGGAAAAGCCUGUGCUGAGUGCUGCCUGGCCAGAGACCCUUACUGCGCCUGGGAUGGCUCAUCAUGUGCACGAUAUGUGCCCGUUAACAAACGACGCUACCGCAGGCAGGACAUCAGGCAUGGAAACCCUGUUCUGCAGUGUGUGGAUCAGAACCUGGGUGAAGACCUUGACAUGACAGAGGACAGAGUGGUGUAUGGGACUGAGAACAACAGCACCUUCUUGGAGUGUGUUCCUCGCUCUCCGCAGGCUACUGUAACCUGGUUCUUUCAACAGCAUGACCACAAGGAAGAGGUGAAGUUAGACGAUCGUGUGAUGUCUACAGAGCAGGGUCUCCUGUUCCGUCGUCUCUUCCGCCAAGAUGAAGGUGUGUACAUCUGUCGCUCCCGAGAGCACGGCUUCACACAGACCCUGGCCCGCUUCACCCUCCAAGUCCUCCAGGGGGAGGCCAUAGACGAGCUCAUGGCUCGUGACAACGCCGGCCUCUCUGACUCGUUGAAAGACAGAUCUACAAGUGGCUACAGAGCAUGGAUGCCGUGCAGCUCUUACACCAGGGCUGGCUCAUCAAGCCAAAUUGGCCAAUCGCGCACAUGGUUCAAAGAUAUCAUGCAGCUGAUUGGGCCAUCAAACCUGCCACAUGUGGAGGAGUACUGCGAGAGGAUGUGGUGCAACGACAAGCUGAGGAGAAAACACAAGAGCAUGCUGGAGAAGUACCGGCAGGCACAGGAGAGUGCUAGGAAGGCUCGCAGCAAGAGCUCCGGAGAACGGAACCGGACGCCGCGGGAUCUGAGUGCAUGGGACGAGUAAUGAUGACAAUAUGGGUGUGCAAAAGAAAGAGGAAAUGAAAGACUAAAAACAGAGAAAGUUUAUAGCGUAGGACGAGAAAAAAGGUGGAACAAGGGUAUCAAGACCAACGUCAUAGUUUAAGCUUUGGCAAUAGAUUUUUUUCAGAAUAUGGGAGCUCAGAACAGUUUUUCUGCUUUUGCUGGUCAUCAAACCUUCAUCAAACAGAAUAGAUUUUAUGAAAUCAGUUAAUGUGUAGGUCUGAUGCUUGAGCUUGGAUUUGACCUUAGCCCCAAAAAGACAAGUGUUCGGUUGUCUGAAAAGUCAGCACAAACUGAGACGGAAAAGAUGGUGACACAGAUAAAGAUGAAAUAAGAGACAAUCGUUCACAUAUACUCUGAGGAUGACAUUUGAAAAUCCUAAUCACCAAGGACCCCCACCACCUCACUACUUUGCCCAAGUAUACGUUUGAAAUUACAUGAACUGUUUUAUUCAUACCAGUCAAUCUUCACUGAGAAAACCCUCAACACUUAACAAACCUCAGAUUUAAAAAUGUAUGCAUGCCUGUGGAUUGACAUUACCAAGGGCAGAGCCUGUUAAAUGUCUGCUUUUGCAGCCUUGCUGACUCUUUGAUGAACAGUGUGUUGGCUCAUAUUAUUGUGUUAAUUGUCUCCUGAGACUUCCAGUUGCAAGAGGCCGUUUUUUUAAUAUAAAGGUCCAGUUAAAUUGAAAACUGGUGCUUUGAGGGAGAGGAAAGGUACAUCUACAUACUGUACCUUUGCAUCUUUGGAAUACAGAACAGCAAAUUUGUCAAAUGCAGUUUGGACACAAACAAUUAUUUACCUUUUUUUGCCUUCACAACCAGAUUGGUGACAUUUCACACACUGGAUUAAUCUCUUUUGUCUCUAACAGACCAUAUCUCCUCGCUUGUUCUGCUCUUGACAUAGUUAUACAAUUCAUGCUUAUGCUUGAUUUCAUUCUAAGACACAUCUGCCUUUGAUGUAUAUUUGUUAAAGGCGAAUGAAGCUAAUGAAGCACACAUAUUUAACACACUCUGUAACACACAUACACACACUCACUCUCUCUCUUCUCUCUUACAUAAACUGACAUCCCACUAACCCAUUACACUGAAUACAUAAACUCAUCUAACUCAGACUGGAAGCCACCACGAGACGACUGUUGAUUGUUCAACAGAUUAAAUGCACAUUGCUUUGUUUUCACUGCUGUGGCUUUCCAUUGAAUACCAUCUAGGGAUCACAAUCCCUCCUCACUGACCCUUAGAGUUAUAUUUCACAGAGGCUUGUUUUCAUGCUUUUGGUUUUCAUACCAUACGCCCUCUUGGAAUGUAUCUAAAGCUCACACUCAAUGCUCAAUAUUCACUUUCUUGGGAAACCUUGGUUGGAUCUGUUGAAUAAUGUUUCAACUUCUUCAGUAACAUUUCAUUGUUAAGUGUAAUGAUAAUUUGGGUGAUGAACUAACUAACCUCCCCUCACAUGUUAAUCAGCCGCUGAACUCCCUUUCCCACAGUCCCUCUGUCGGCUGUAGCUUACCAGUGACAGUGGAGGGAACAGGAAAGGUCAAAUGUAAUGACUAAUGCUUCUUUUCUUUCUGCUUUGGAAACACUGGUUUCAAGUAGUGUCCAUGAUUUGAACACAUGAUAAUCCACCUUGCUAUUGUCAUCAGUUUUUAUUGUGAAAUAUUACUUUUCACAGUUACAGAAUAAACAUAAGGUCUCCCUGUCCACAGGAACAGGUGGAGCAGAACAGACAAUGUUUACUUAAAAUAUCUGACUGAACAAUAAGGAUAAAGAAAAAGCAAAGAAACUUGUUUAGAAUAAGGGAAGAUAUGACUGUUGUUAGUGCAAGUUGUAAAAUCAUCAGUUUCCAAUUAUAAACAGUUUUUUUGUGUUAUUUUCACCAGGCAGGGGAAGCACCAUAGCACUCACAUCAAUGUAAUAAGGCAGGAAAGUAGUGGGUCACGGCCCCUAAUAUGACGACAUAUUAAAAACAUGUAUAGCCCCACCCUUCACCCCAAAAAAGGGUAAUAAAAGAAUAAAUAAUACAAAAUAUUAUUGAAGGAGGAAGGAACAGACAAAACAAUAAUAAACAAUUAUAAACUGUUCUGAAGUUAUAUGUGUUGUUUGAAAUAUAUUUAAAAACAGCUACAUACACAAUCAGAAAGUAGCCAUCCAAGUAGGAGCCAAAGAAUGGAGGAUGACCAAUGGCUGCCAAUGUGUUAAUUUAAUAGAGGACGGUAAAUCUUUUCUCUGAGCCCUAUAUAUAUUCUUAAAACUAGCCAACAAGCAACGCUGCACCUAUGUGUUGGUGACUUUUUGUGACCUUUGUGGCAAAUGGCCUCUCAGGAGGUCAAAUAAGCCGAGAGGAGGAACUGAGAUGAAACAAAUAAAGGAGUGAGAGAUUAAAAUAAAGGUACUAUGAGAAACUUGUGAAUGCUGUUUUUACAACUCUAAAUAAUUGUAAUUAAAUAUUCCCCAUUUCAUCAAAAUGAAGUGAGAAUGAAAAAGUCACCCAUUCUCCCUGGUUUAUAAAAACACAAAAAAACGAAAUCUAUAAAUUUUCUCUGGAACAUUUAUUAUAGUUUAAUUUUAUCACAAUUUUGUGGAAUCUGCUCUGGUCUCUAAAGAUAAUAACAAAAUCGUACCUAUUAUUUGUAUGUUGUGGUGGUGGUACCAGAUUUGUUUGAGCUUCUGCGUUUCUAGGUCCUGAAAUUCCUUUGUGUUUAGAAAAUAUUUUAUUUUAUCUUUAACAACAAUCAUUGUGAGAUGGAACCACCAAAAUAAAUGCUGACACUCUUUUUGCCAGAGAAGUAAAUAACACAUGUUCGAUAAGGAGUAGCAGGAAAAAAAAGAGCCAUCCCUAACUAAAUGUCAAAAGCAUUUUAAGUACAUUUGUACAAAUUGUGUUGUGGUAUUGCAUCUGAUGUUUUAUAUAUUUACCUCUGUAGCUAGUUGUGUUCAGUUCAGUUUCUCAAUACUCUUGUUUAACGUUGUUUGGAUUUAAAGCACUUCUUUAAAUUGUCUUGCCUUAAUGUUGAACUGCAGUAUUUUACAGUGCAUAAUGUAUAAGGACAGCUGAUAGAUGUGUUGUUUGUCAGGGAUUCAAAUACUCAUGGACGUUGUCGUACUUUUUGUAAAACUGGGGAAGUGUUUUAGUCCUGCUAAACCACAGCAGACGAUUUCACUGAUGAGCUGAUCCUCCUGAUUCUGCUGAGCUAAUUCAUUAAAAUGUGCAGAGGCUCUGACAUCGACGGCUGCUCUGCAGGAAGCAGUCGGGAGGUUCAGCCAGUGGUAGAAUAAGAGCCGCAUCACAUAUACUUAAUACAAAGCAGAUAACGCUGAUCAAUGGUCACCGAAGCAUAACUCCAUGCGAGGCCACGAUUUGCUUUGUCACAGGAAGAAAAGGGUUUAAUCGCUUCCUCGCUCUCACGGAUUGAAAGUAAAUGGAAGGCAAAGGUUUGUCUCUGAAAUAUUUGCUUAUGUGAGACCAGACCCUUAAGAAGAGACUGCAAUAAAAACAUUUGAACUUUUUAAAUAUUCUUCCAAGACUCUGGCAGCAUUCGGAUUAACAAACUAGAGUUAUUAUUUUGAACUUGACAGGUUCUGCAAGCAUGGUUUCUGUACAGAUAUUUUUUACUGAAAAACACCAGAUACAAUAUAGAAAUUAGGUUAAAAGAUGUAAGCAUGGUUGGAUCAGAAAUGAACAUUAUCUUGGUGUAAUGUCCCAUUAUUGUACUGUAAGAAAUGUGUGCUGGCUGUGGGGUCUCCCAUACAAAGAGCCUAAUUUAAGUGUGUAUUUAUGUUUUAUUUAAGUGUCUUUCUACCAUGCAUGCUGUGUAGUUGUAUGCUGUUUAACAACAAUAAAAGUUGAUUUUCUAACAUAAA